AUGACUAGCUCCAACAGUUCAGGAUCAGGAGCAGCAAUGCAAAAUGACUCCUCCGGUUUAGCGUCGAUAACAGUUUCGUCGAGGAUUCCGGAGUUCUGGUGCGAUAAACCCAGAUUGUGGUUUGUACAAACUGAUGCAAUCCUUGGACCUCAGAAGCUGAGCGAUGAAUCGAAAUACAACUUGGUUGUCGCCAAAUUAGGCAAGGAGGUGAUUCAACAAGUAAGUGAUAUCUUAUUAAAGCCGCCCGAGACUAAAAAAUUUGAAGCGCUAAAAUCACGCUUAUUACAAGUUUACGAAGAGUCUGAAAUUCGCCAAUUUCAAAAAUUACUAAGCGAAAUGGAAUUGGGAGAUCAAAAACCGUCUCAAUUACUGCGUAAAAUGAAGGAUUUAGCAAGAGAUAAAAUUCCCGAUGAAACCCUGUCCAUUAUGUGGCAAGGACACCUCCCUGCUUCAGUACGAGCUGUUUUAGCGGUUACAGAUGUAAAGAAUUUAGAAAAUUUGGCCGCGAUCGCUGACAAGGUAAUGGAGACGUCAAGGUCACAACAAAUUUCGGAAAUAAGGGCCAACACUUCGAGUUCUAAUGAUACAGCUUUAAUUUUGGCCGAAAUAGCUAAAUUAAAUCUGCGAAUUAAUGAUUUGGAAUCAAAAAAAUCUACAUUUAGAAAUCACAUUCGUCGCGCACGCUCUCGGUCUACAUCGCGACAGCGUAAUAUGAGACGGCGUGCGCCCGAUAGUGCUGAUUGGCUUUGUUCGUAUCAUUAUCGCUAUCGGAAUAGAGCAAAGAAAUGUAUAGAGCCGUGUGCUUGGAAUAAGAAUAAUCAGGGAAACUAA